GCUCUUUCUUUCUCCUCCGGCACACUCCAAACCUCAUCUUGAUGUGAACGUCUUGACUAUUAUUGCGUGAAUUAGUAUCUGUUAUUGUUUUCUGCGUAACUUUCAGAAUCUUUAUACUAUAUUUAGUUUCUUGAGUCAGUCUUAAGAAAGUGUAAUAAGGAUGGACAACGAGCUGUUUAUGAACACAGAGCUUCCUCCACCGUCUGAGAUGGCGAUGCAUUUUGAACAACCGUCCUCUUCAUCGGCGAUGCUUAACUGGGGGUUGAUGGAUCCGAAUCUCGCUCGGAACUCGCCGCCGCAGGAUUGCUUCAUGUGGGAAAAGUCAACGGAACAGCAACAGAGCAUCUUCGACUCUGCUCUGAGCUCACUCGUCUCCUCGCCGACGCCGUCGAACUCAAACUUCUCCGGCGGAGGCGGCGACGGGUUCAUUAUCAGAGAACUCAUCGGAAAGCUUGGUAACAUCGGGAACACCUCCGGCGACAUCUACGGAGCUCCGAUGAACGGGAACGUUUCUCGCUCCGCCUCGUGCUACGCGACUCCGAUGAGCUCGCCGCCGCCGAUGAUGAACAGAACGGCGCCGUUGACGGAAUUCUCGGGGGACCCGGGGUUUGCGGAGAGGGCGGCGAAGUUCUCGUGCUUCGGUAGCCGGAGUUUUAACGGAAGAACUAACUCCGGCAUCCCCGUUAACAACGGCAAGAUCGUGAACUCCGGGAAACUGACACGUGUCUCCAGCACACCGGCUCUCAAGGCCCUUGCUUCUCCGGAGUUCGCGUCUGCCGCCAGACCGAUGAUCCCCGCCGGCGAUUCACCUCCGAAACUCCCCGGAGAAUUCUCCCGGAAGAGAAAAUCUGUUUCUAAAGGGAAAUCUAAGGAUAACCCUCUUCCCGCGGCUUCGCCGUCGCCCAGUUUCUCUAAGACGGCGGAAAGGAAAGAAGUUUCAGAAGAAAAGGGAGGGAAAAGGAGAAGAGAGGACGAAGGAGAGGAAGAAGAAGGGAACAAAGGUGGUAAUGACACAAAGCCACCUGAGCCUCCUAAAGAUUACAUCCAUGUUCGUGCUCGGCGAGGCCAAGCCACCGACAGUCACAGUCUCGCCGAAAGAGUUCGGAGGGAGAAAAUUGGUGAAAGGAUGAAGCUGCUUCAAGAUCUUGUGCCUGGGUGCAAUAAGGUUACUGGAAAGGCACUGAUGCUGGAUGAAAUUAUAAACUAUGUACAAUCAUUGCAAAGACAAGUUGAGUUCUUGUCAAUGAAGUUAUCAUCAGUGAACGACACCAGGCUGGAAUUUAACGUGGACGCUCUUGUGUCAAAGGAUGCUAUGAUUUCAUCAAGCGGCAGCCGGGUGCAUGAAUCAGGACUCCAAUUAGAGUCUCUAAGUCAUCAUAAUUAUAAUAAUAAUUCACAGUUAAAUACCAAUGUUUCUUCCAAUAACAUGAUGCUCCAUUCUCCUAUGAAAUCACUGGAACCCUCUGCCUUAGCCAGAGGCUUCACCCACUUACCAACACUUACCCAAUUCACUGACACAAUUUCUCAGUACCAAAUGUUUAGCGAAGAAGAUUUACAAAGCAUUGUAGGGAUGGGAGUGGCACAUAACCCCAACCAUGAAUCUCAAUCUCAAAAUAUGAAAAUUGAGCUUUGAUCAACCAGUUUAUUUUCAAGGUCUUAAGGAAGAUAAUAAGAAGAAAAAAGAUUGAUGGGUGUACAUAACCAUUCCAAUCUCUGUGAUUUAUUCAUAUACUCAUCAUCAUCAUAUAUAUACACAUUUAUGAAAAUAACAUAUUUUACUUUUAUUUUCUUACUUUACCCCUUUUUAAUCAAAUUAUGUAAUUUUCUGUUCAUCAUUAGGGUUCAAUUGUAUUGUUUAUCUUUGGAUUCUUUUUGCUUUUCUGAUGUGAUAUCAUUGUAAUUUGUAAGUUCAUAAUCUUCCACCACAAUCCAAGAUAAUUAAUCUAA